AUGAACCUAGUCGCACCAACCAUUAUCCUAACUAUCUUCUUUUCCCUAAUCAUAUCUACAAUACUACCCCUCUCCAAACACAACCUAAACAACACCAAACACACCCUAAUAUUGACAUUUAUAAUCAGCACGAUUCCCCUCAACUCGCUACUAAAUGACAACUGCGAACUAACAAUAACACUACUUCCCCUAAUUACCACCCCAACAGAAAACAUCAACAUUACCAUCACACUAGACACACUAUCACUAACCUUUAUCCCAAUAGCAUUAUUUAUUACAUGGUCUAUCACUGAAUUCUCCAUCUGAUAUAUAGCAUCCGACCCUAAUAUCACCAAAUUCAUUAAAUAUUUAAUCACAUUUCUGAUCACAAUAAUAAUCAUCAUUACAGCCAACAACAUAUAUCAACUCUUUAUCGGCUGAGAGGGCGUAGGAAUUAUAUCCUUCCUCCUAAUCGGAUGAUGAGGGGCACGAUCAAACGCUAACACAGCAGCCCUACAAGCCAUUAUCUACAAUCGAAUCGGAGAUAUCGGACUCAUCAUCACUACCACCUGACUUAUCACUUUCUCCUCAAUAAACAUACAAGAACUACUAAUUCAGUAUAAAAUAACAAAUCUAAUCCCUACAAUUGGCCUAAUAGCGGCAGCCAUAGGAAAAUCUGCACAAUUCAGCCUCCACCCAUGACUUCCAGCAGCAAUAGAGGGCCCCACACCCGUAUCAGCCCUCCUCCACUCUAGCACCAUGGUAGUAGCCGGAGUAUUUCUACUAAUCCGACUCCACCCCAUCCUUAACAACAGCCACACUAUAAAAACAGCAUGCUUAAUCCUUGGGGCAACAACAACCAUGUUUGCAGCAGCUGCAGCGAUCUCACAACACGAUAUUAAAAAAAUUAUCGCACUAUCAACCACAAGCCAACUGGGGUUAAUAAUAACAAUGCUUGGACUAAACCAACCAACCCUCGCCUUCCUCCACAUAACUAUGCACUCCUUUUUCAAAGCCCUCUUAUUCCUUUGUUCCGGCUCAUUCAUCCACAAUCUAAAUAACGAACAAGAUCUUCGAAUAAUAGGCAACCUACUAAAAACUGCACCUAUAACCUCAUCAUUCACCAUCAUUGCCAGCCUCUCAUUAAUAGGCAUGCCCUUCCUUUCGGGCUUUUACUCAAAAGACACCAUCAUCGAAACCAUAACCAACUCCUACGUAAACCUAUGAGCCCUAACAAUCACAUUAAUCGCUACAAUCCUCUCUGCCUCCUACAGUAUACAAAUUAUCCUACUCAUUCUAACAGGACCAUCACACAUCAACAUUAAUCCUCACAAAGAGGUUAAAAGCACUGUACCCCCACUAACACGUCUCACCCUUGCCUCCAUCCUUAUUGGUAGCAUUACUAAGUUAUCAACCCUACAAACCCCGCCUAUAAUAACAAUACCAAAGACAGUAAAACUCACAGCAUUAAUUAUGACAGUACUAGGAAUCGCUCUAUCAAAAGACUUUCUACAAACAACCUUACCCCGCCCCCCCAAAAAAUCAUCAACUAUUAAUCUAUUCUUUAAUCAACUAGCAUUCUUCAAUAUUCCACACCGAACCAUAACAAUAAGUAUACUAAAAUCAAGCCAACAAAUCUCAACAGAACUUAUAGAUUUGUGAGCCCUAGAAUACUGAGGCCCCAAGGGCCUCAGUAAAACAUUUAUCCAACUAGCCCUCCUCUCAACACAACAAAAGAACAUAAUCAAAAACUACAUAACUACAUUUACCCUUACCCUACUUAUCUCACUAAUCCUGGUCCCCGCCUAA